CCUCCCACACGUCCCACCGACGUCCCACCGUCGCUACCAAGUACCAAAUAGUCUUUCUCAGUCUAUAGUAACCUUAGUGUGCGUCAGACUCUUGAAGAGGGAGGAGUAUACCCGGUAUCCUCUCUAUAUAUACUCAUCCGUCACUCCUGGGAGGGAUAUACGUCUUAGUACGUUCUCUUGUGUAUAACGAUACGUAACUCCCACUAACUAGUUAUACAAGGAAAUAAAGCGUGUGGAAGUUAGUGAGGAUCCCAUGGUAGUGAGGAUCCCGUACUACUGAGGAUCCCGUGGAAGUGAGGAUCCCGUGGUAGUGAGGAUCCCGUGAUACUGAGGAUCCCGUGGUACUGAGGAUCCCGUGGUACUGAGGAUCCCGUGGUAGUGAGGAACCCGUGGUAGUGAGGAUCCCGUGGUACUGAGGAUCCCGUGGUACUGAGGAUCCCGUGGUAGUGAGGAUCCCGUGGAAGUUGCUGAGGAUCCCUUGGAAGUUGCUGAGGAUCCCGUGGAAGUUACUGAGGAUCCCGUGGAAGUUAUUGAGGAUCCCGUGGAUGUUCGUGAGGAUCCCGUGGUAGUGAGGAUCCCGUGGAAGUUAAGCCAUGUACACAAUACAGCUCCUGGUCCUCCUGACAGUCACCAUCGCCCAAGAAGAUGGGCCGCCGGUGAUUAAGGAGCAUCCUAGCAAUGUAGUUGCUCGUCGCAAUGAUCCAGUCACACUCAACUGCGCAGCUUCAGGUGCCACCAGCAUCAGAUGGUUCCGUGACGGCAAGGAGGUCAUUACAUCUACACAAGACCCUCGCUCUCACCGAGUCCUUCUGCCUGCUGGUUCACUCUUUUUCCUUCGUGUCACGUCCACCAGGAAGGACAGUGAUACUGGCACAUAUUGGUGUGUGGCUUCCAAUAAUUAUGGCGCUACACGCUCCCACAAUGCCACCCUGACUGUGGCAAUGCUUGCAUAUGAAUUCCAAAGCCAGGCAGAACCUGUGAUGAAGGCCCGCAUUGGGGACUCUGUCUGCUUACAUUGCCAGCCACCAUUGGGCACUCCUUCACCAGAGCUGACCUGGUUGAAGGAUGGCCGCCAGAUGAGUAACUCCAGCCGCAUUAGUAUCACCCAGACAGGAGAGUUAGUCAUCAACCAGGCCAUCCAGGAAGACUCAGCGACCUACACUUGUCGUGCCCGUAAUGCUGCUGGAACAAGAGAAUCUUCACCGACCCAACUAAUUAUCAUGAUUCCACCCCGAUUUGAGGAGAGACCAGCCAACGUUACAAGUCCAUCAGGAGUGGUAGUGGAGCUGAAGUGUAGAGCUCAAGCAUCUCCCGCUCCUACAGUGACUUGGCGCAGGUUAGAUGGGAAGAUGCCACUGGGACGUGUCAGGAUAGAGGAACAGCAUCAACGCUUGGUGUUGGAACAUGUGACAGUAGAUGAAUCUGGCAUUUAUGUGUGUGAGGUGGAGAAUGAAGCAGGUAUCGCCAUAGCACAGGCCACUGUCAAAAUAGUCGACGCCCCUGAUUUGGCAGAUUCACUGCAGAACUUUCAGGUUAUGGUUGGAGACGACGUAAUGAUUUCGUGUAAUGUAAAGGGUGAGCCUCAACCCCUGGUACUCUGGCGCCUCCCCACGUUAGAUAGAACAGCUCUUCUAACUCUAGGCCAGACCAAGGGCCAUUCUUCUGUGUCUGAUGAUGGUCGCUUUCUGAUGCUAAAGAAUGUAGCUAAAGAGGACAGUGGCACAUACUACUGCUGGGGUGUGAGUAGUGGCGGGGGUGUAAAAGGACAGGCAGAAGUGAUAGUUGUGUCAGCACUUCCACCACCAGUAAUAGGCAUCGAACCCAAAGAUCUUACAGUUGCCCCAGGAGAUAUUGCUUCUUUCCCUUGCGAGGUAGUGAGCGAGGCAGCUGAAGCCACCAUCUCCUGGUGGUACAGUCCAGCUGUUCACCUUCGUCCCCGUCAACUCUCCAAAGACUCUGUUGAUUCUAGAAUGUCGCUUCCAGACAAUGGUGCUCUCAUCCUCAAGAAUGUGAAUCUAGAUGAUGCAGGCAUAUAUACCUGCCGUGCAACUGCAGUUACUGGCACUGUGGAGCAGGCAGCAGUACUCAGAGUAGAGCAUUAUGCUAAAUCAACUGAACCCUUAUUGCUGCCAGCACCUCCCUCCAAGCCACGUCUUAUAGCAAUAAACCAAACAUCUGUGCAAUUGAGCUGGCUUCCCAACUCUCAAGUGAGUGUAGAGUCAGGUCAGCGGUACACCGUGGAGUACUGGAGACAGGGUUGGGAUGAAUGGCGGGUGGCUGAUGCUGCUAUGAUGCCUGAGUCGUGUAUUGUAAGUCACCUCACACCAGGACACACCUACACCUUCCUGGUUCGUGCUGUCAACAGUAAAGGGGCGUCAUUCCCGAGCCCCUGGUCAGACCCAGUGACCACCAACCUUCCUCGUGACCCCAACCUCACAGUAGAACAGGUGCGCCAGGCUCGUCGACGCCUCUCUCGCCCCAUCGUCACUCUCAUCAAUGCUACCAUCACUGCCCCAGAGAGUGUGCUACUCAACUAUGAAUUCCUGACCACAGCGGAUGAGUCUGUGGAAGGCGUGUUGGUGUACUCAGUGGCAAAAGUGGGUACAGUGCAAGUAGCUACUGUCCUGGGAACCUCAUCUACUUCCCACCUCUUGCAUCAUCUGCAUCCCAAUACUCCCUACACCUUCUUUAUCGUCCCUUUCUGGCACAGUAUCGAGGGAACUCCCAGCAACUCUCACUCACUUAUCACGCCAGAAGAUGUACCUGUGUCUGCUCCUGGUGAGGUGCAUGUGACAGUACACGAGGAGGAAUCUGCACUAAUUAGGUGGUCGAGUAUAAGCGUCGAUGAAACUCGAGGAAAUCUGCAGGGCUAUCAGGUGAUAAUAAGUUAUAAUGGUAGCCAGACCACAGAGACGGUCGUGAGUCCCUGGUUGGAGGCUCGUGGCCUCCUGCCUGGUCGUCUGUACACUGUGCGUGUAGCGGCCCUCACGGGGGCAGGUCUUGGGCCCUUUAGUGAUCCCUUUUUGCUGGAUAUAAGACACAGUGACACCCACAACAUUCAGAGAGUCAACACAGUCCUUGAUAAUGGUGAUUCUGUAAUGUAUGCACCACCGCAGCCAGUUUGGCUAGUGUACCUCUUGAUACCUCUAGUACUCUUGGUGUUCCUGGUUACUUUGCUGUAUGUCAAACGACUACACCAAAAAUCACCGUCUUCCAGCCCACCUAACACUGCUACCCUUUAUCAGGACCGAUCCUGCUACCCAGACCACCACUCGGUCAACAUGUACAGUGAGCAAAAACUGUGGCGACCUUCGGAAAGUGACAAGGAUCCUAGUUUAUCUUCAGCACGGCUCCUGCACACAGAUCAACUGGUAAAUGAAUAUGCAGAGCCACGGGUUCAGGGGCUUAAUGAUGCAGCAGAGCCUUACGCCACCACUGCAUUGCUGGCACCCCCAUCACUCUGUGAUUCUUGGCAGCAUCACAGUAGUGAAUCUGUCAUGCAGGUCAACUGGGCUGCAUUCCUACCUCCUCCACCCACCUGUCCACCACCACUUGACUUAGGAGACACUGCUGGUGGCAGUGCUCAGCAGGAGACCCACAUGGCAGCCUCUGGUUCGCAGUAUGACAACACGAGUAGAUCAGAGCAGUAUGAGCGACCAUGUGAUGCUACUUCGGAUAUCACCGACGAUGUGUAUUCACACGUGACACCUGCUGAUUGUCGAAAUGGGUUCCUUGCUUUCAAUACCUUACAGGACCGCAGCUGUCAGAAAGUACGAGCUGACUGCCACCCUUCACCUCUUACAGACGCACCAAGCAGCAACACCCACUAGCACUCUUGUCUACUGUGUCAACUGAAUCUUACACAUUACCACUAGCAUAUACCAGUGUGGUCUCGACUAGCAGGCCCACCACUCAGGGACACGAAUCUGUAAUUACGCAAAAUUAAAACUGGUAGUUACAUGUCGAAUCUUUUGGCUUAUUCUAGAGAUCAGUUGGAUAGUAAAUCUCCCUCAACACUUAAUUCAGUUAGAUUCAUUGUGCCACAAAAUGGCUGCUAGGAUGUCCUUGAUCCUAUUGUUGCAGAGUUCAGAAUAUAAUGGCGAAGAUGUUGGACUAGUAACUUAUGGUGCCAUGGUAUUUUCAUUGUAUAUAUUGCAAAUGAUAGUGUCUUGCACAGCCUCCACUCAGAUCACAGGUCCUGUGAUGCUACACUGAAGCUUCACUUAUGUUCACACAGACACUUCUUAUUAACAUGUUGACAACAUAACAGUAACAGUCUCCAGCACAACCAGUGUAAUGGUGCAUUUACAAGCUGCACAACCAGUGUAAUGGUGCAUUUACUAGCUGCACAACCAGUGUAAUGGUGCAUUUACAAGCUGCACAACCAGUGUAAUGGUGCAUUUACAAGCUGCACAACCAGUGUAAUGGUGCACUUACAUGCUGCACAACCAGUGUAAUGGUGCAUUUACAAGCUGCACAACCAGUGUAAUGGUGCAUUUACUAGCUGCACAACCAGUGUAAUGGUGCAUUUACAAGCUGCACAACCAGUGUAAUGGUGCAUUUACAAGCUGCACAACCAGUGUAAUGGUGCACUUACAUGCUGCACAACCAGUGUAAUGGUGCAUUUACAAGCUGCACAACCAGUGUAAUGGUGCAUUUACUAGCUGCACAACCAGUGUAAUGGUGCAUUUACAAGCUGCACAACCAGUGUAAUGGUGCAUUUACAAGCUGCACAACCAGUGUAAUGGUGCAUUUACAAGCUGCACAACCAGUGUAAUGGUGCACUUACAUGGUGCACAACCAGUGUAAUGGUGCAUUUACAAGCUGCACAACCAGUGUAAUGGUGCACUUACAUGGUGCACAACCAGUGUAAUGGUGCACUUACAUGGUGCACAACCAGUGUAAUGGUGCGUUUACAAGCUGCACAACCAGUGUAAUGGUGCACUUACAUGGUGCACAACCAGUGUAAUGGUGCACUUACAUGGUGCACAACCAGUGUAAUGGUGCACUUACAUGGUGCACAACCAGUGUAAUGGUGCAUUUACAAGCUGCACAACCAGUGUAAUGGUGCACUUACAUGGUGCACAACCAGUGUAAUGGUGCACUUACAUGGUGCACAACCAGUGUAAUGGUGCACUUACAUGGUGCACAACCAGUGUAAUGGUGCACUUACAUGGUGCACAACCAGUGUAAUGGUGCACUUUCCAGCCUAGAAAGCGACAUAGUGGAGGUAGGAACCAUACAUGGUUUUAAGACGAGGUAUGGUAAAGCUCAUGAAGCAGGGAUAGAGAGGACCUAAUAGCAUUCAGUGAAGAGGCGGGGCCACGAGCUACGACUCGACUCCUGCAACCACAAAUAGGUGAGUACGCACACACACAGCAAGACUAGUCCCUGAGCUAAGAGGUAUGUCCUACGAGGAGAGGUGAAGGGAAAUCGACCUGACGACACUGGAGGACAGGAGAGAUAGGGGGGAUUUGAUAACGACAUAUAAAAUACUGAGAGGAAUCGACAUGGGGACACAGCAACAAGGGGACACAGUUGGAGUUCAAGAGUUAGAUGAAUCACAGGGAUGUUAGGAAGUAUUUCUUCAGUCACAGAGUUGUUAGGAAGUGGAAUAAUCUGGGAAGUGAUGUAGUGGAAGCAGGAUCCAUACAUAGCUUUAAGAAGAGGUAUGAUAAAGCUCAUGGAGCGGGAAGAGUGACCUAGUAGUGGCCAGUGAAGAGGCGGGGCCAGGAGCUGUGACUCGGCCCCUGCAACUACAACUAGGUGAGUACACACACACACACACACACACACACCACAAAUUUAAUAAAACUUGCUUUAAAUAUUUCUUAUACUGGUAAAGAACCUUGUGUAAAGAAACACAUGAUGUCAGGGUCGCCAUGACAGCUGCUACACACACAGGCCACCAAUCAUUUGUGAUCGCAGUGGUGGCCUAUGCUAACCUUCCUAUGGUGUAGAAAUAUAUCUAGUUGUGUGAAUCUUAUUGUAGCCAGCUGGUCCAUUGGCUAACACGACGGUCUGGAGUUUUACGACUCUCUGACCGCGGGUUCUAACCCCACCCGUGAUAUGGAUUGUUUACACUGGUGUCAUUACGACUUCGUGAGUCACCAGUCAAAAUAUACAACAAGAGCCAUCAUCUUCAGUGAUAUAGAUCACUGUUGUGCCAAACAGUAGAAGCUUCGUCGUAUAUCUGACACA